CGCGGCGAAUCACGGCGCUCACCUUCCAACCGGACUUGACUCCGCCGCGGAUUCCCCGCCAGAUCUCAUUUCUCGCCCCAACCCUAACCGCCGGGCGCCGGCGGUGGCCAUGAUGGCCACCGAGCCCUCGUCCCCGGUGAGCCCCGUCGAGGACCUAGACACACUACCCCUCGAAUCCUCCUCCUCCAGUGUCGGUGUCGCGGCCACGACCGACCCCCUGCUCCGCCCACCUCCUCCUCCCUCGUCCACCUCCUCACCCACCGCCGGCGAGAACCACGGCGUGUUUCUGGACGAGGAGGACGAGGAUGGGGUGGAGGACUUCACGCCUCCCCCGGCUCCCCACACCGCUGCGGCCGCGACGAAGUCCCGCGAGGCGUCGCCGGGGUUCGCUGAGAUCACUGUCUCCGAGCCUAGGAAGCACGCGGAGCCUGCGACCGGAGCCGUUGGCGUCAUUCCAGGCUCGGCCAACUACGUCUCCUACCUCAUCGCCACUCGGGUGCCCGACGGCGGCGAGUUCCGCGUGCGUCGGCGCUUCCGCGACGUCGUGGCGCUCGCCGACCGCCUCGCGGAGACACACCGUGGCCUCUUCGUACCGGCAAGGCCCGACAAGAGCAUCGUCGAGGGGCAGGUCAUGCAGCGGCACGACUUCGUGAACCAGCGGUGCGUCACGAUCCAGCGCUACCUCCGCCGCCUCGCCGCGCACCCCGUUGUCGGCCGCAGCCCGGUCCUCCACGCCUUCCUUACCGAGCCUAGCGGUAUCCCCACUUCGGACGGUGAGUCCCCCAGGUGGAGCCCUGAGAUGAGUGCUGCCACGUCCAUGGCUGCUGCCACUCCAGUGACGCCUACGAAGAGUGGGAGGGACUUUUUUGGGGUGUUCAAGGACCUGAAGCAGACAGUAACCAAUGGGUGGGUGGCAGUAAGGCCACCUCCAGUGGAGGAGGAGAUCGACAAAAAGUACCUUGUGCACAAGGCCAAGCUUGAGGACUUGGAGAAACAUCUAGUGACAGCAUCUCAGCAGGCAGAGGCAUUUGUUAAAGAUUAUGACGAUCUUAGAGCAACGACAGGUUUCUUGGGAAUGUCAUUCAUCAAACUGGCUAAGUUUGAAAAGGAGCAGGCUACGUGUAGUUCUCAGAAAAGACGAGCUGCUGACAUCAGUAAUUUUGCCAGUGCUGUUGUUAGAACUAGCAGAUCACAGGCAAAACUAAAUGCUGAAAUUGUAAAACAUCUGGGCGUUAUCCAUGAGUACAUGGAGACAAUGGCUUCUGUUCAUAACGCUUUUAAUGCUCGUUCCAAUGCUUUGCUUCGUGUGCAAAAUUUGUCAGCAGAACUAUAUUUCUUACGUACCCGGGCAGGAAAACUUGAAUCUGUAUCAUCGAGAGGAAUGGAUCAGGAAAGACCAAGGGAUCAGAAGAUAGAAGAACUGAAAGAAACAGUAAGAGCCACGGAAGAUGCAAAAGCACAUGCACUUAAAGAAUUGGAACUUAUCAAGGAAAACAACAUGAAUGAAAUUAAAAGAUUUAACAAGGAAAGGCGCCAGGAUUUGGUGGAGAUGCUGAAAGGCUUUGUAUCGGAUCAGGCCACAUACUCAGAUCAUUUUGCUAGCAUAUGGACAAAGGUAGCAGAAGAAACAAAAGGAUAUGCAAAAAGCAGCAGUUCCCUCCAUUUCACCCCCACCACCGGGCACCGGCGCGGGCGCGCCUCGCCGCCCCCGCCACCGUGUCAACGCGCGAGAAUGCUGCCGCACGCGCCAUGCCGAACCCUGGGGGCCUUCAGGUGCAAACCGCACCUCCCCACCAAGCCGCCGCUCCUCACCUCCACCCCCACCUCCGCCUCCACGCGCGGCCGCCUCUGCGCCACCGCCGCCGCCGCCGCCACACGCCGGGGCCUCCUCGUCCUCGUCCCCUCGCUAGUCGCGGCGUCCACCGUCCUCCAGUCCCUUCCCCUGGCCGCCUCCGCCGCGGCAGGCGAUGACAAGCCUUCCCCACCGCCGCCGGCGCAGGCGCAAGCCGCACCCGCCGCUCCGGCCUCGCCUCCGCCUCCGCCUCCAGCGGAGGAGCCGGCGCUGUCGAGGGUCUACGACGCCACGGUCAUCGGGGAGCCCCAGGCCGUGGGGAAGGACGCGCGGCGGAGGGUGUGGGAGAAGCUGAUGGCGGCCCGGGUGGUGUACCUCGGCGAGGCCGAGCUCGUCCCCGACCGCGACGACAGGGUGCUCGAGCUCGAGAUCGUCAGGAAGCUCGCGGCCGGAUGCGCCGAGGCCGGGAGGAGCAUCUCCCUCGCGCUCGAGGCCUUUCCCUGCGACCUCCAGGAGCAGCUCAACCAGUUCAUGGAUGGCAGAAUUGAUGGCAAUAGCUUGAGGCUUUAUACAUCUCACUGGGCACCAGAGCGAUGGCAGGAGUAUGAACCCAUUUUGAAUUACUGCCGUGAUAAUGGAAUAAAACUUGUUGCAUGUGGAACUCCACUUGAGGUGGUAAGAACUGUGCAAGCGGAAGGAAUUAGAAGCCUUUCAAAAGCUCAAAGAAAGCUUUAUGCUCCUCCAGCUGGCUCAGGCUUCAUUUCUGGUUUUACAUCCAUCUCAGGCCGAUCGUUGAUAGACAAAAUUUCAUCAAAUCGUGGUUCCCCUUUUGGCCCAAGCUCAUAUUUAUCAGCACAGGCAAGAGUAGUUGAUGAUUAUACCAUGUCCCAGACAAUAAUGAAAGAAAUUACUAAUGGAGAUCCUUCAGGGAUGCUUGUUGUUGUAACUGGUGCGAGUCAUGUUAUGUAUGGAUCACGAGGAAUUGGUGUUCCUGCUAGGAUAUCUAAAAAGAUGCAAAAGAAAAAACAAGUUGUGAUACUCCUUGAUCCUGAGAGACAAAGUAUAAGGAGAGAAGGUGAAAUCCCUGUAGCUGAUUUCUUAUGGUACUCUGCUGCCAAGCCAUGCAGUCGGAAUUGCUUUGAUCGUGCUGAAAUUGCUAGAGUUAUGAAUGCUGCUGGCAGGAGACGUGAAGCUUUACCUCAGGAUCUUCAGAAAGGAAUAGAUCUUGGUGUAGUUUCUCCUGAGAUAUUGCAGAACUUUUUUGACCUUGAGAAAUACCCUGUUAUGGCGGAACUGAUUCACCGUUUCCAAGGUUUCCGUGAAAGGUUGCUAGCAGAUCCCAAGUUUCUGCAUAGAUUAGCUAUUGAAGAGGGUAUAUCAAUAACUACCACUCUUCUAGCACAAUAUGAAAAACGAAAAGGACGUUUUUUCGAGGAGAUCGACUAUGUUCUCACUGAUACAAUUAGGGGUUCCGUUGUUGACUUCUUUACAGUGUGGCUUCCUGCACCUACUAUUUCGCUCUUAUCUUUUGCCGAUGAUGGCUCUGGUGAGAGUGUGGAGCUUCUGAAAGGAAUUUUAGGAUCAGUGCCAGAUAAUGCAUUUCAAAAGGGUAUUGUUGGGCAGAAUUGGAACAUUAACCAGAGGUUUGCAUCGGUGCUUAUGGGUGGUCUAAAACUUGCGGGCGUCGGAUUUAUUUCUAGUAUUGGAGCUGGAGUUGCUUCAGAUGUCUUAUAUGGUGCCCGUCAGAUUCUUAAACCUUCUGCAAGUAUGGAAGUUGCACGCAAAAGAACUCCGAUCUGGAAAGCAGCAACUGUUUAUAGUUGCUUCCUUGGAACAUCGGCAAACCUGCGAUAUCAGGUUAUAGCUGGUCUGAUUGAGCAUCGGCUAGGAGAGGAUCUGAUGACCUACUAUAACCAGCCACUUCUUGCUAGCCUGGUGUCCUUUGUUUCAAGGACAGUUAACUCAUACUGGGGAACACAGCAAUGGAUCGAUCUUGCACGAGCUACAGGCGUGCAAAGUACUAAGAAAGAGCUGCCUUCUCCUGAGGUUUCAAGCGCAACUGAAAUGCCACUGCUAGAAUGUGGCACGACCGAAGUACAGAAGGUGGACGACAGCAGUAAUAACCAAUCAAAUGACUUGACAUAGUCACCUCACAGUGUCCUAAUUUGUUGCGGCCAUACAAACAAAACACAGAGCAGCUUCCUUCCAUGACACACCAAACAUGAUACAACUGUACAGGCAUACAGACGAGAUGUCCUCUUAGAGCCAGACUGAAGCUUUAGCCAUCGCGUCAUGUGGAGAGACAAAUCUGAAAUUCUGAAGAGCAAAGCUUUGAAGACUUUCACAUCGUUAUGAUCAGAAAGCCAUUGUUACACCCCUCAUGGGGUGAAUACAGCUUGUACAUUAUCAGACGAGAUCGAUCGAAGAAUUUUUGAAUCCUGUACAGCAUUUUACACGCGAAAUUUGAUCCAAAACAUUACUGGAGAUUGUCAUAUGGCAAGGAUCAGGAUUGUCAUUUGUGAACUGUGAUACGCCUUGUAUGCACUUGAAUCCAGAGUGCAUGUGUAAUUUUUAUUA